AUGGCGACGGCUUCCAUUGAGAAGCCAUCAGACAAGAGCAAACUUGAUGAUUACCAGGAACGAAUGAACAAGGGAGAACGUCUGAAUCAAGAUCAACUGGAUGCAGUGUCAAAAUAUCAGGAAGUGACAAAUAAUCUGGAAUUUGCUAAAGAACUGCAGAGGAGUUUUAUGGCUCUGAGCCAAGACAUCCAGAAAACAAUAAAAAAGACAGCUCGCAGGGAGCAACUGAUGCGAGAAGAAGCUGAGCAGAAGCGUUUAAAGACUGUACUCGAGCUACAGUUUAUUUUGGACAAGUUGGGUGAUGACGAAGUGCGCAACGACUUGAAACAAGGAUCAAACGGAGUACCAGUACUGACAGAGGAGGAACUGACAAUGCUGGAUGAGUUUUACAAGCUAGUUUACCCUGAACGAGACAUGAACAUGAGGUUGAAUGAGCAGUAUGAGCAAGCAUCUGUUCACCUGUGGGACUUACUGGAAGGGAAGGAAAAACCAGUUUGUGGAACAACCUAUAAAGCGCUAAAGGAGAUUGUUGAACGUAUUCUUCAAACUAGUUACUUUGAUAGCACCCAUAACCAUCAGAACGGAUUAUGUGAGGAAGAAGAGGCAGCACCCGCACCUGCAGUAGAAGACCCUGUGGCAGAAACUGAGCCUGAUCCAGCGGAAGAAUUUACUGAACCAACUGAAGUUGAAUCAACUGAGUAUGUAAACAGACAAUUCAUGGCAGAGACUCAGUUCAGCAGUAGUGAGAAGGAACAGGUAGAUGAGUGGACAGUUGAAACGGUUGAGGUUGUAAAUUCGCUGCAGCAACAGACACAAGCUACAUCUCCUCCAGUUCCUGAACCUCAUGCGCUCACUACUGUGGCUCAAGCAGAUCCUCUUGUUAGAAGACAGCGAGUACAGGACCUUAUGGCGCAGAUGCAGGGCCCGUAUAACUUCAUGCAGGACUCUAUGCUGGAGUUUGAGAACCAAACCCUUGAUCCUGCCAUUGUAUCUGCACAGCCCAUGAAUCCAGCACAGAAUUUGGACAUGCCACAAAUGGUUUGCCCUCCAGUUCAUGCUGAGUCAAGACUUGCCCAGCCUAAUCAAGUUCCUGUGCAACCAGAAGCUACACAGGUUCCCUUGGUUUCUUCUACAAGUGAGGGUUAUACAGCCUCCCAACCCAUGUAUCAGCCUUCUCACACAACAGAGCAACGGCCACAGAAAGAAUCAAUUGACCAGAUUCAGGCUUCAAUGUCACUGAAUACAGACCAGACCCCAUCAUCAUCAUCCCUUCCUACUGCAUCCCAGCCGCAGGUGUUCCAGGCUGGAUCUAGCAAACCUUUGCAUAGCAGCGGAAUCAAUGUUAAUGCAGCUCCAUUCCAAUCCAUGCAAACAGUAUUCAACAUGAAUGCACCUGUUCCUCCUGUUAAUGAGCCAGAAACCCUUAAGCAGCAAAAUCAGUACCAGGCCAGUUACAACCAGAGUUUCUCCAAUCAGCCUCACCAAGUAGAACAAUCAGAUCUUCAGCAAGAACAACUCCAGACAGUGGUUGGUACUUACCAUGGUUCCCCGGACCAGACUCACCAAGUGGCGGGUAACCACCAGCAGCCUCCCCAGCAGAAUACUGGAUUUCCACGUAACAGUCAGCCUUAUUAUAACAGUCGAGGAGUGUCUCGUGGUGGAUCACGUGGGGCUCGUGGCUUAAUGAACGGUUACAGGGGACCGGGAAAUGGAUUUAGAGGAGGAUAUGAUGGCUACCGUCCUUCCUUUUCCAACACUCCAAACAGUGGUUACACACAGCCCCAGUUUAAUGCUCCUCGGGAUUAUUCAAACUACCAGCGGGAUGGAUAUCAACAGAAUUUCAAACGUGGCUCUGGACAGAGUGGCCCUCGGGGAGCUCCUAGAGGUCGUGGAGGACCCCCAAGACCAAACAGAGGGAUGCCUCAAAUGAAUGCUCAGCAAGUGAAUUAAACGAAUUCACGGGAUUACAUUAAACGCCAAAAACACACUGGCCAGUGUACUAUACAUGUUACCAGAAGAGUUAUUAUCUAUUUGUUCUCCCUUACAGGAAGUUUGUUGUAAAGGGACUAUUUUCAUUACCCAUAAUGACAGGACUACAGUUGCCAGCUUUAUAUUACCUGGAUAUGGAAAGGAACGAAACAACGUUUACUCUGCAUGUUCUGUCCUAAGCAUCAUCUUGAGCCUUGCACAUGAGAUUCAGAUUCCUCACCCUUGCUAAGCGUAAAGCAAAAAAGGCAAUUUUCAGGGUGAUCCAAUCUCCAUGGUUAACUGAAGUGGCAGGAAAAAGCAAAGACUCACUUCUGACAUUUAAAAGUGAUGUAACAAAUUUGGAUAAAAUCUGCAAAUUCAUAAAGAUUUACUGUGGGUGGCAGUUGACAAAACUUAAUGUUCCCAUGAAAGGAUGGAAAAGGUGAAGUGUGGCUUGAUAGAGCAACUGCAUUUCAGCUUUUUCUUAUUAAAUUGAAGCACCGAACAGUUAAAGAUGUGUAGUGAUGCAUAUUUCCCUAAAUAGACAAAUAGGCUUCUAGCCAGUUUUUGACAAAGAAGCAGCACCCUUAGCUACAGCACUCCUCAUCACCAGGGCCCUGUUUACUGUGGCUAAGGAUUUAAGAUCGCUUGCAUAACUGCUAAUGUAAUUGUGUAAUUUUUUUUUUUAAAAGAAGGAAAAAAAAAAAAAA